GAGCCGAGCUUUCAAACAUUCACCAGCGAAACAUCGGAGUGUGAGCUCGACUUCUGAGCCCUUGGAGCUUCGCAGUUGCUGUUUUAAAAAAGAGAGAAAAUGGCUCACACGAGAAUUUCUGCCAAGUAUCCUCCUCACAUCGACCCGACCAAGGCGCCCAUUGCCUUCGGGGACCGCGCUUUGCCCAAGCUGAAACGGGAGCUAGCGGAUCCCGAUCUCCUGGUCCGGCAACGGGCCCUCAUGGCUCUGUGUGACUUGCUGCACGACCCCGAGUUAGCUUACACGGCGGUCGAGGUCGGCUGUUUGGAGAACUUAAAAUUUCUUUUGAAGGAUGAGGAUGCUACUGUUCGUCGCAAGACCACAGAAAUUUUCUAUAUUUUGGUUACACAUAGUAUUGGAAGAUUUGCAUUUUUGGAAAAUGAUGUCAUUAUGCCAUUGUCUGAGCUGCUUGAAGAUCCUGAGGACAUCUGUCGCAAAAACAUGCAUAUGGUUCUGGAGAUGUUCUCGCAAAUCCCAGCAGGUGCUGCUGCAAUUGUAUAUGCUGGCCUGAUGCCUGAUCUGAUUAUGAAGCUGCGAACAGAGCUGGACGAGAUUCAGGAGUUGAUUUUGAAGACACUACACUUCUGUUUGCUGGUGGACACUAAGCAGGCCCUGGACGCUGAGGGCAUAUCAGUGCUGAAGACCAAGCUCAGUCAUAGUUCUGCUACCAUCAGGAGUCUGGCUGCACGAGCUCUCAUUGACAUCAGUGUGCCCUUGGAGGGGAAAAACAAAGUGUGCAAAGAGGAGGUGAUUCCAAUCCUAGUGGAGCUGCUCAGUGACUCAGAGUCUGAAGUCAGAGCUUCUGCAGCAGGAGCAUUGGUAUUUGCCACCAUUACCACACAAGGGAAAUACGACGCUCUGAAGGCUGAUGUCAUUCCACCCUUACUGCACUUGGUGAACGAUCCAGCAAGUAAAGUGCGGCUCAAUGUCAUGAAGGCCAUUGCAACAGUGUCUGAAACUCCAGAGGGAAGAAAAAUCCUGCUGGACCAGGUGGAGCUCCUACAGGGCAAACUGAAGGACCCCAGUGAGGCAGUCAGAAAGGCAGCCAAGAUUGCUAUUGAUGUCAUUACCUGGAAACCCUAGCUGCAUCAGUCAAAAUGUGGUAAUGCUGCACUAUGGGCCCCUCAGACGUGAUCUCUGCACACCCCCUUUUCUAAUCUUGCUUUCCCUCUUUUAUUUUGAAUAUGUUCACACUAACUUUUAUAUAUAAUCAUUUCUGCUCCAUGGCAGCCUAUUGUCUUUUAGUUGGGUUUCCACUAACCUCUACAAGUUCUUUAUUUUCAUAAAGGCUCACUGUCCCAAGAAAUGAAUCCUGUUCCUCUUCCCACAGACGCCAUUUGACCUGCUGAGCAUUCGCAAUACAUUAAGUCUUUAUUUCAGAUUCCCAGCCUCUGCUAUUUGUUCUGGGAUUUGCCAUUAGCCUUAGCUUCCUGCUGCCAUUUAUGGUGUUCUGUGGUUUCCUCCUCUGACACUUCACUCUGUCUGACAUGCUGUAUAGUAUGGCUUUCGUGAGGCCGUGCUUUCAUCCUGUUAAAUUGUGACCAUCAGGAAUUCUCAACUCACUUUUUGGUUUGUUCAGGGCUGUCAAAAUAAUUAAUACCAUUUAUUACCAAUAACUGGUCGAUUAAACCAAUUUUUUAAGGUCUUUUCUUUUAAUAAAGCUCUCUAAGACUGCCUGUCAUUCUGCUCAAUCUUUUUCCAAAUUCUCUUUCAUGUUGUUUCCCAUGUCUGUUUUAUUCUUUGUCUCAUUCUCUCAUGCUUAUAAUCUUGUUCUUCUUCCUUCUGUCUUAUUCCCCGUCUCUCAAUGGGCUGCUGCUCUGUGUACACAGAAUGUAAUGAGUGCAACAGUGCUGUGCGUGAUAAUUUGUCUUUCUAGUAGAUUGGACACAGUUUGUU